CUUUUUAACGAUCUGAAAUACGACAGAUAACCGCGAGAAUAUGGCGGCAGCGAGGGCACCGGGAAUGGUAUUGUCGCGGCCGGUGACGUUCGUGACCGGCAACGCUAAGAAGCUCGAGGAAGUUCGUGCUAUCCUCGGCCAAUCCCUUCCUUUCCAGUCCCUCAAGCUUGACUUGCCCGAACUGCAAGGGGAGCCUGAAGACAUCUCCAAAGAGAAGGCUCGGUUGGCUGCGAUUGAGGUGAAUGGGCCGGUUCUGGUGGAGGACACUUGCCUAUGCUUCAAUGCCCUAAAGGGCCUUCCUGGUCCAUACAUCAAGUGGUUUCUGCAGAAAAUUGGUCAUGAAGGGCUAAAUAACUUGUUGAUGGCAUAUGAGGACAAAUCAGCUUAUGCUUUAUGUGCAUUUUCAUUUGCUCUUGGCCCCAAUGUCGAGCCCAUAACAUUUCUUGGGAAAACUCUGGGGAAGAUAGUUCCUCCAAGGGGACCCAAUGAUUUUGGAUGGGAUCCAAUCUUUCAGCCUGAUGGCUUUGAACUAACUUAUGCAGAGAUGCUAAAGGAGGAAAAGAAUAAGAUCUCUCACCGUUCCAAGGCUCUUGAUAUGGUGAAAACCCAUUUCACUGAAGCUGGAUACGUUUUUGAAACAGAAGCAGCUACUAAGAGUGAGCUAUAGGAAAGAGAGAACAUGAUGUAUAGAGAUCAAUGAUUUUGGAUUACUUUACAACCAUUUGAUGUCGUUGAGGGUGAGACUAGCUUGUCAUCAUGCAGUUACAGGGUAAUUAAUCGACCUUUCUUCAUUGACGUUGCAACUUCAAAUUUCGUGAAAAUUGCCAUAACCAACUCUUGACUGGCUGGUCAGUAUUACCUUAAAGUAGCUUUACUUUUACGUGUUCCGCCUUUCUUAGUUUUUUUGUUCUUUCCAUUUUGCAUCUAGUGGUUGCAUACAUCUUGACUGACCCGACCCGUCUCCGCCGGGAAUUGUUUACCUUUUACCUUCUAUCUAGUAGUCGACCAUUAUGCAUGCUAUCUAUUUGGUAUUGCUGGAUAUAUUUUUGAGGAUUGGUUUCUUGAUGUGGAAGAUGACAUGAACGCAUUUAUGAUACACUCCCUGCCAAGCAGCAAUGUAGCCUUCUUGUCAGCAAUGAUUAAUUGUCAUGAGUUAUGUCCUCGUAAAACUACUUUUAUUGUCAGAGCUAAUUGAUUACUAGUAAUAACGUCUCCCUCAUCUCUUAAA